AAUUGGACUGGCUUAGUAACCCAAGCUUCUCUACGGAAGAUGCACUGUUACUACAUCAGCGUGCUACAGAAGGUACAAAUCUCAUCCCUGAAAAAUCACCACUACUGACAAGGACUACUUCAAGAUCAGAGUUGUCAGAGGAAAGUGAUACAGAUGAGAGUCUGAAAGAGUCAAGUAAGAAAAGGAAAAAGAAAAAGAAAAAGAGAAAGCAUCACCACUAUAAAAAGGCAAAGAAGAAAACCAGAGGGGACUCCAGUAACAGCGAAUCAGAUGUGGACAUUAAGCACAACAAGGACAAAGGUGCGGGAAGUGGCAGAAAUCACAAAAAGGGAGCAGCAGCAAAUCUAGAUAAGAAAACAUCAAAUCCUACCAGCAGUCGCUCUGUUUGGCUUGAUGAUAUCGAGGCUUCUACAGCGGAAACCUUCAGAAUAGAUAAGAACCCAGACCCUGCAAACUGGGCCUACAAAUCCCUGUAUCAAAGGGACAUAGCAAGAUAUAAAAGGAGAGGAGAUUCCUGUCUUGGCAUAGAUGCCAAGAAACAAUCUAUAACUUGGGAGAGUUCUACAUCAAAAAAGAAGCAGUUGCAGAGGCAACCUGAGCGUUACUUCACAAAGGACAAUGUGAAGAUGCUGAAUACUGAUGGAAUACCUGUUUGCAGCAAAAUUUCACCAUCUGACCCACCUAGUUUUAUACCGGUUCUCCAAAUGGAAACUGAUAAUCCUUCAAACACAGCAGAGUUAAAUCCUCUUGGGAUUUAUGAUCCAUCAACUUUACUGUGGCUUCAAGGAAAAGGGUGCAAGAGUGCAGACCAUGAGCCUGAAAAUACACAGCAAACAAUUCAAGAGCCUGGAAUAAACAUUAAGUCUGAUCUGAUGGCAAAAGUGGAAGAACAUAACAAGAAAGUCAGAGAAAACCCAGGAGAUAUUAAUGCUUGGAUGGAAUUUGUUUCUUUUCAGGAUGAAUUGAUGGGAGGACCUGGCCCUUACGCCAGUAAGGGAGAGCAGGAAGUAAGAAGAAAAUCACUGAAGUUUAUCUUAGAAAAGAAACUAGCAAUUUUGGAGAAGGCAAUUGAAAGCAAUCCAAGUAAUGUUGAUCUGAAACUUGCCCGGCUGAAGCUUUGCACAGAAUUCUGGGAGCCACCAGCUUUGAUCAAAGAAUGGCAGAAGCUAAUUUUCUUACAUCCCAAUAAUCCAGAGCUGUGGAAGAAAUAUCUCCUUUUCUGCCAAAGUCAGUUCACUACCUUUUCUGUUUCAAAAAUCAAUAGUCUCUAUGGAAAAUGUUUGACUACGCUGGCAGCUGUACAGGACGGCAGCAUGGUAUCACAUCCUCUUCUGCCUGGCACAGAAGAAGCUAUGCUAGCUAUAUUUGUUCAGCAGUGCCACUUUCUGAGACAGGCUGGUCAUUCUGAGAAAGCAGUGUCUUUGUUUCAGGCUCUGAUUGACUUCACCUUCUUUAAACCUGACAGUGUAAAAGAUCUGCCAACAAGAGGACAGGUGGAAUUCUUUGAACCCUUUUGGGAUAGUGGAGAACCACGAAUUGGAGAAAAAGGAGCAAGAGGCUGGAAAGCAUGGAUGCACCAACAAGAAAAGGGUGGCUGGAUUGCUCUUAAGACUGAUGAAGAUGAUGAUGAUGAUGAUGAAGAGAUAGAUGAGGAUCAAGAAAUAAAGGAUAAAACUCUUCCCAAGUGGCAUAUUUGGUUGGAUAUUGAAUAUUCUCGUGAAGCCAGGCAUUGGUUACCUUGGAGGCCAGACAAAAACAAAAAGGAAGCUGAAGAAGAUUGUGAAGAUCCAGAAAGACAGGUAUUAUUUGAUGAUCUUGGACCAUCUUUAAUCCAGAUUUCUAAUCCAGACCUUCAGCGUCAAACACUGUACUCAUUUUUGCAAUUCCUGGGAGUUCCAUGUACAAGAAAUCUCUUUCCUUCCAACCUCUAUAUUGCCAUGGAUGAAAACAACAUCUUCGACAGUGUUCUUUCUGAUGAAAAGCCGCUCACUUAUGUUGAUUUUCCACUUUCUGGAUUCAACAGUAUUGGUCAUAUGGACACAAUGCUACGAGGAAGACGUCACAUAGGCCACUACAAAGAAGGAGAGGAGUUCAUACAGAAUGUUUUUCAUGUUCUAUUCCCACUGCUUUCAGGAAAGGAAAAAUGUAACCUGUCUGUUUGUUGGUUACAGUAUGAAAUAUCUAAGGUAGUUCAGUGUCUCCAAGGUAAAAAAAAGAAGCAGCUGAAAGCACAAGGGAGGAAGAGUAAAAAGUUGGCCAAGAAUCUCCUUAAAGCACCUGACAACCGAAACCACCUUUCUCUCUGGAAGCUGUAUGCCUACCUGGAAUGGCUGCUUGGUAACAUUGAUGAUGCCAGGAAAGUAUUUGACACAGCUCUUUGCACAGCUGGAGCAGAAGGAUUGAAGAGUCCCCAGCUCUGCAGCCUCAGUCUCCUUUAUGCUCAGCUGGAAGUUGAAAUACUAGAAAGUAUAGAAGUAGCUGUUACGUCACGUGCUGCUCAUAUAUUGAUCAUGUUGGCAGAGAGUGGACCAUAUGUGCCUUAUAGUGGACAAGUGUUAUCUGUGAAUGUGUUGAAAGCUCGUAAAACAUACGAGAAUGCACUGCAAGAUUAUUUAAGUAGAACACCAGUUUCCGAUCAGGAUCAGGGCAGUGAUGCUGAUCAGCUGGUUAACUUGGUUGGUUGUUAUGCACUGUUCCAGUAUUUGACUGUUGGGAUUGAUGCUGCAGUAUUAAUAUAUGCACAGACUUCAGAAAAACUUGAAGCUUUGGGUCCACAGAAAUGUGAAAAUACUGGAGAGAAUUUUGGCAUUCAGAAUUUUCCCCGUGCUCUCGAAGCUGUCACACUGCUGCAUACGAAUUUACUGAGGUUCCACAUGAAAAUCAGUAUUUAUCCUUUGAAUCCUCUGCGGGAGGCACUAACGGAGGCUCUGAAACGGUAUCCUAGCAACCAGUCUCUUUGGAGGUCAUAUAUCCACAUCGAAAGGAAGUCUCACAGUGCUAGCAAAGCACGAAGAUUUUUUGAUGGUGUCACAAGGUCUACCAACUCUUUAGAACCGUGGCUGUUCGCAAUCCAAGCAGAGCAGAUGAGAAAAAAACUCACUGACAGUGUCCAGAGGGAAGAUGUUGGUGAAGUACAUUCUACUAUUCCUGAAACUGGGCUAACAAAUCGGAUUGUAGCUCUGUUUGAACACGCGGUGCAGAGUGAAAAUGGUACCCAUUGUCCACUGCUGUGGAGGAUGUAUUUGAACUUUCUG